AUGAUGGGUGGAUAUGUCGCACUGACUGCUCGAAUGGGCCCUGCUACUUCUGCGCCUCCAACCGCGUGGAAUCCAGCCCUCGGCGAAGCUUCGACAAGCCUGUCAAGGGUGCGCUGCGGGAUUUUCGGAUAUGGCUCCGGUAUGCUGGACCUUCAGCACGGCAAUAUUGCGCAGCCCUACCCGGCUGUCCAAGUCACCCACAUCCAGCAAAUGCAAGGCUUGGACUUAAUUCGAGGAACUGCUGCGAACCGUGACCGUACGAUGGCAAAGGCGAAAGCAGUAGAGCAACGUCGUAUAGACGCGUUCGAGAGAAUGCUUGCGGAGCUUGAGGAUCCUGCAGAAAUGUUAGCGGAGGUCAUUGACUAG